AUGUCAAAAUCAAUUAUUUCAGUAUUCGGCGCUACAGGACAACAAGGUGGUUCAGUUGUUGGUGAAUUAUUGAAAGUUGGUAAUUUUAAAGUUCGUGCAUUAACAAGAAAUCCAGAUAGUGAAGUUGCCAAAAAAUUAAAAGAAAAAGGUGUUGAAGUUGUUAAAUGUGAUGAUAGUGAUUCCAAAGAGGCAAUUCAAGAAGCCUUAAAAAAUAGUUAUGGUAUAUUUAGUGUAACAUUUCCAUUUGGUAAAAAUGAGAGUGAAGAUGAAAUUGGUAAAAAGGUAGCCGAUGCAGCAUUGGGUGCCGGUGUAAAACACUUUGUUUUCAGUGGCCUUGCUCCAUGUAAUGAAAUUUCUAAUGGUCGUUAUGAUGUACCUCAUUUUGAUAAUAAACACAAAGUUGAGAUGUAUGCUAGACAAUUGUCAAAAGAAAAUCCAUCAUUUGUAAGCUCAUUUGUUUAUGCACCAUUCUAUUACCAAAAUUUUAAAACUUACUUCCAACCAAAGAAAUCCAAUGAAAAUGGUAAUGAAAACUAUUCAAUUUCCCUCCCAUCCGACCCAACUGGUAAACCAUUAGAUAUGGGUGAUAUUGAGAACAUUGGUUCAAUUGUAUCUGAAAUCUUUUCAAAUCAAAGCAAAUACUCUGGUGUUGUAGUACCAUUUUCAGGUGACGCUUUAACUGGUCCUGAAAUUGCAAAUACUUUCUCAAAAGUAACUGGUAAAACUGUAACAUUCAAUUUCAUUCCACCAUCUGUUUACCGUACCUUUGGUUUCCCAGGAGCCGACGAAAUGGCUUCAAUGUUUGAAUACUACAACGAAUUUGGUGCAUUCAAUGAUUUAGAUAAAUCAAUUGCUUCAAAAAUUACAAAACUUACAUCUUUAGAAGAAUAUUUAAAAAAAUCUCAAUUUAAAUUAGAAUAG